AUGCGGGGCUCCCAGACGCGGGGCUCCCAUGCGGGGCUCCCAGACGCGGGGCCCCAGACACCGGGCUCCCAUGCAGGGCCCCCAGACGCGGGGCCCCCAGACGCGGGGCCCCCAGACGCGGGGCCCCCAGACGCGGGGCUCCCAGACGCGGGGCUCCCAGACGCGGCCCCCAGACGCGGGGCCCCCAGACGCGGGGCCCCCACGCGGGGCCCCCACGCGCGGCCCCCAGGCGCGGGCUCCCAGCGGGUUCUGCGCUCCACCCCGCGUCCAGGGAUUUCUGUGCCAGUGCUCCCACUCCGACCUGGGCUGCAGUUCCAGAACAUUCUGUCCUGGAUGUCCGAGCAUACAACAGGUCACGUGAGUGACCCUCGGGAACAGGCAGGACUUGGGGUGCCCCCGCUGCGGGCAGACAGAAGCCGGGCUGGGGUCCGCGGGGGCCUUCGGCGCGGGCCCGGCUGCCGAGAGCCCCUCAGCACGUGGCGGCUUGCACCUAUCGAUUUGCCGCUGCCGCCCGAGGGAGCCACGCCGAGCAUCCCGGAGCAGGGAGACGGGCUGCGUGUCUGGGGGCGGCGGCGGCGGCGGCCUGGGGACCGGCCACCUGUCCCUCCUAGGGGAACACGGCUGGCCAGGCCCAGGGCCCGAGAGGAAGCAAGCCUCGAAGGAAAACCGGAGCUCGAGAGAGACUCGCGCAGAGCGCAGGGCCUUCGGGGGCCGGCGGCCACCCUUCCUCUGCACCGCGUCUUCCGGACUGUUGAUGGCUGA